AUGUGGGAUGCGGUGCUCUGGCUCUACAGGCACCCCUACUUUACGCACGUAUGGUUCAUCCAGGAGAUCAACGCCAACCGUAGCCGGCCAACAUUUUGUGGAAGACAUGUCAUCUCGUGGGAGGCUAUGGAGCUCGUCGCCGGGUACAUGGUGCUCGAGUCCACCUUUGCCCGCAAAUGCGGCGACUUUGGCAGCACCUUUUGCUACUGGGCGUCGACGGCGCCGUCUGAGCUGCGCUCGGCCAGCAACUGGCUGCACAUACUGUAUCUCGCGUCCAACUUUGUCGCCUCCGACGCGCGGGACGUGGUGUAUGGACUGCGGGAGAUGAUGAACUGCCGCGCGGGCGGCGCGCUUCUCGAUCCUGAUUACAGCUAG